ACUCUCAGCUUGACGUGCCGUGCAACAUAUCGGCUCCGUAACUUCACGCUGCUGUAAUUAAUUUGACCAUUAAAUACGUAGAAUUAUAUUUAAUUCUUCUGUCAUCAUGGCUGGAUCCGUUGUCCAAAUUGCAAAUUUGGGGGAAUAUAAAGAUUUCAUCAAGGAUUCUCCCGCUGUAAUCGACUUCUACGCAACAUGGUGUGGACCAUGCAAGGUGAUCUCCCCAAAGUUUGUGGGACUCGCAACAGAAUACCCGGCUGUGAAAUUUGGUAAAGUGGAUGUUGACGACGCAUCGGAAGUAUCAGAAGAGUGUGGCAUCAGUGCGAUGCCUACAUUCCAGUUCUUUAAGAAUGGGGAGAAAGUAGCAGAAGUGAAAGGAGCAAGUGAAAAAGCACUGGUGGAUGCCCUCAAGGAAUUAAUAAAAUAGCUGAAUUCUCGGCUGUAGACUGUGCUGCAAGGUUCCCUCUUCCCGCCUCUCACCUGUACCCAUACACCACAAUUCUCCACUAUUCUCAUCGACUGGGUCGACCCUCAGUCACCCGACGGCCGGCCGUGUAAAACCACUUUGAUACGUGUGGCAGUGCCCCACCAUGACUACUGAAGCAGCAUACACGUAAACCAUUGUCAUUGCAUGACUACGGUACACAACUAAUAAACAUAACAGCAGUUUCCUUAUUUGCCAUCACUCAUCGACUGAGAUGUAGUACAUGUACGUGCACUUUGUCAACUAUCAUUAUGGUUAACGCGAUUGAACAACUUCUGAAAGGUCUGUGAUCCAAUCGUUACGUUACUUUGUACUUUCAUUUAUUUUCCUCCAAAUUCUGUAUCAUAUUUGAUAUUUCCCCCUCAUAUCUUGGACAUGCUUUUAUUGACUAGCAUUUUGUCUUCUUCAUUGUACACACACACGCGCACAAAUACGAACAAACAUGAUUUUGCAAAUAAAGAACAAGAUUAAAGUGCCUUUUAUGUUUUGAUUGCCAAAAUGGUUCGAUGUUUAUGAAUUCUA